AUAUUUAAAAUCAAAAGUCCUCACUACUCCCUCCCCCACACAAAAACUAAUUACCGUUACAUAAAUUAAAAAAAAAUAAAAAAUUGCAAGAAAAUGUGUGCGAUUGUUCACUGAAAAACCCCAACAGCAUCGUCUUCCUUCCCCGUCGUUUGUUUAUUGCUCCGAUGCAGAACGAAACUGAACGUUGCUGUAAACUUCAAGAUCCUCUCGCAGGCCAAUCUCUCUUUCCGUCUACACUUUCACUUCCAUCCUUCGACGAUUUUCACAACAUCGACAACCAUCUCAGAUCCAUCGCCUUGCGAAAUCCUACUAAACUUGUAGAGCAGGCCAAGUCCAUGUUAGAGGACAAUUUAUGUUUCCACACAGAAAAUUCAACUUCAACACAAGAUGUGGAGAAUGAAGAUGGUUUUCCUGCUGAAGAAGAUGAAGAAUUACCUCGAAAACGGAGACCAGGUUUAGGCCUCAAUCGUGCACGUCCACGUUUCUCGCUUAAGCCCACCAAAAAGCCCUCUGUUGAGGAUUUGCUACCGAUUCUUGACAUGAAAAAGCUGAAUGAUCCUGAGGAAUUCUUCGCGGCCCAUGAGCAGGUGGCAAAUGCAAGAAGAGAAAUAGAAAAGCAGAUGGGUAUUGUGUCAUCUCAGUCAAAUAAACCGCGGGAACGUCGACCAGGACUUCCUGGGUUUAAUAGAAGGCCAGUUAGAUACAAACAUAGGGUUUCAACAGAAGCUUUGGACAAUAAUGAUGAUGUCCUAUCCUCCCAAGAGGCAUUUGGAUCUGACAUUGUUGAUCCUGUUGGUGAUUCCCAAGAGGCAUUUGGAUCUGACAUUGUUGAUCCUGUUGGUGAUAACACUGACAAAGGCGAAGCUUCUCUUGCAUCAUUGUAUUAUGAAGUAAAUGGUUCAUCAGCUACUGAAAUCAAUGACAUUUUGCAAGGAUUGCUUACUUGUGAUUCUGAAGAACUAGAGGGGGAUGGAGCAAUAAAUCUUUUGCAGGAGAAGUUACAGGUGAAACCCAUUUUUAUGGAGAAAUUAUCUGUUCCAGACUUCCCAGAUAUCCAACCGGUUGAUCUGAAAUCUUUGCGAGAGAAUUUGCCGAAGCCAAGAAAGGCUUUAUCCAACAUAGAUAAUUUGUUGAAAGGAAUGAAUAUUAAGACACCUCUUAGACAGGAUGCAGGAUACGCUGAGAAGCAGUUAGGUUCACCCACACCACCAAGAAGUCCAUUGGCUUCGUUGUCAUCAUUGCAAAAGUACAUUUCACGGUCAAAUCCAUCUUCAGAUCCAUUUCCAUUUUCAGCUGAUGAAUUUGAUCAUAUACCUACAAGAAAUUAUUCCUCAACUAACAUGAUAAACCAGGAAGACAAUAUUCUUAGUCCUAGUAAGCCGUCAGAUGAGCUGAGUCCACCUAUAAUCAAAGAUGUUAUUGCUGCCGGUGAGAUAAAUACAAUUCUGGAGACUACUGACAAUUCAAAGGCAGACAAUUCUAGGGAGUCAUCAGUUAAAGUUAAUGCAUCCAUAGUUGAAGAUAUUGUUGCAGUUAGCGAGAGAAGUUUGAGUGACGAUCCUGACAGAAACUGCCCCAGUACUCCUCAAAAGUCCAUGAUUGAUAAUUCAAUGGAACCUGGGUUUAAUGCUGCUGGUGAGACAAAUACAAUUCUGGAGACUACUGAAAAUUCCAAGGAAGACAAUUCUAGGAAGUCAUUAGAUAAAGUCAAUGCACCCAUAAAUGAAGAUAUUGUUGCAGUUAGCGAGAGAAGUUUGAGUGACGAUCCUGACAGAAACUGCACCAGUACUCCUCAAAAGUCCAUGAUUGAUAAUUCAAUGGAACCUGGGUUUAAUGCUGCUGGAGAGACAAAUACAAUUCUGGAGACUACUGAAAAUUCCAAGGAAGACAAUUCUAGGAAGUCAUUAGAUAAAGUCAAUGCACCCAUAAAUGAAGAUAUUGUUGCAGUUAGCGAGAGAAGUUUGAGUGACGAUCCUGACAGAAACUGCACCAGUACUCAUCAGAAGUCAAUGGUUGAUAAUUCAAGGGAACCUGGGUUUAAUGCUAAUGUUGACUCGAAUGAACUUCAUGUUGAUAUGGAUGUGGAUAUUGGAGACAGUGAUAUAGGACAAAGUAUGGAUGACAUGGUAGGAAGUCAAAAUGUUGAGCCAAAUGAACCUCAUCAAUUUGAGGACAAAAUGCUGGCAGAAAAUAUGCAGGAAUCGACAUCUUCUGUACCAACAAAUGAUGCAAAUUUCGACUCAGUGGUUCCACUAGCUGAUCAAUCAAAUCCAGUUGCGAAUCAAGCCAAUUCUAUGGACAAAAGGUCUAGAAGAUCAGAUGAUGGGCCAGAACAGUGUUUACAGGAAAAGAGAGAUGGUUCUGUGGCACCUGCUAAUAGGCAAAAGAGAGUUAAAUCAUGUGCCCAAAAAGAGCCCAAUGGUAAGAGACUUCGGCAGAGGAAGAGCCUUGCAGAUGCUGGUACAUCAUGGGAGUCUGGUGUAAGGAGAAGCACCAGGUUCAGGACAAAGCCCUUGGAAUAUUGGAAAGGGGAAAGAAUGGUGUAUGGCCGUGUACAUGAGAGUUUGUCUACUGUCAUCGGGGUGAAGCGCAUGUCCCCAGGAACUGAUGGGAAACCGAAAAUGAAGACGAAAUCAUUUGUAUCUGAUGAAUACAAAGAACUUUUUGAGAUAGCUUCUCAAUAUUGAAAAUGAAAAAAGAGCUUUCAGUUUUCGUUUAACUUGAAUUAAGUAACUUGACUAAAUUUUCGGUAGUAAUUAAUGUAGUAAACUGAAUUGUGAUUAUGUGGUUGUCUAGUUAUCUCCAAGUUUGUAAAAGUCAAAACAGUUUCGCUAAAAGCGUUGUUGUGCAUAAAUGAAGACACACAUAUUGACUAGGAGUGAGCUUGCCAUAUAUGGUUGGACUUUUUUGGCUGAGUUCUCUGAUUGUACAUGAAUUUAUCGUAAAUUAAUGAGGUUGAUGAUUCUCUUA